ACACUGCGGAACAACUUCACGCCGGAUGAUGUUGUAUUUCUGAGUGUACCUUUUUAAGGCUCCUCUGAUGUCGUGUGGUUGUUGCUAUGGCUGCCAGGGAUGUGAAGGAGGAUAUGGAGAUGGAGUACCGUAUCUGGAACCAGUACCAUGCCGAGGAUAUCUACUCCAUGCAUGCCCACGGCAACAAGAUGCUUGUGACCGCCUCCUACAGUGGUGACAUCAUCGUAUGGAACAUCGACUCGGGGCGGGCUUUCUGCCGCUUCAACGCCUGCGAGAGUUCGCGACCACUGCUGCCCAAUCGGGUGAUUGACAGGUCAGCUUUUGACAGAUUUGAGGUAUCAGAGUCUAAGGGCUCGUUUGAUGAGAGCGAAUGGACAGAUUCAUCAGAGGAUAGAGGGGAGGCCACAGUCUCCCAGUCCAGCCAGGGGGUCUCAGUGUGGCCCGAUGCACCCCCUCCUCAUCCCCCUUCUCCUCAGGAGGACAAGGACAGCUCUUGCAGCAGCACCCCUGAGAUGAUCCAGGAGGAGUCAGGCGCUGAGAAAGAAAAUGAGAGAACUCAUCAGAAGAAGUCACCAAAGCAGCGGCACAAGAGUGGCAAACCUCAGCCGAUCAGUGCAAAAGAGUUAGAGAAACCCAGACAGGCUGUGGAGAAGGCUCUUUUCCUGGGAACCAGGGAGCGGAGCCCUGACACAGCCAUCCUGCUGACCAGUGCAGCUGACGGCUACGUGUACGCCUGGUCCAUCCACCACCUGGGGGGGCUGCUGGGCAAGUUCCGGGCGGUCCACUCCGAGGGCACGGCCAUCAGCACCAUGUCUACUGAUCUGCAAGACCAGAUGCUGCUAACUGGGGACAGCACCGGCUACAUCAUGCUGUGGGACAUAGAGAGGUACUGCUUCUGUAUGCAAGGGGAGCGGGAGGGGAUGGCCCCUCUGGAAAAGGCCGUUCAUCUGCCCAGCCUCAUCCCCAGGUACUGUAAGGUGACUGGGCCUCGCAGGAUGAAGGUGGAGAAGAGAACCGAGGUGCAGCAUAGAGAGAGAACAUACUAGAGUAACACGUCAUAAACCUUUCUAAUUUCUAAUAAACCAUUCUAAUUUGGUGGGUGAGAGUAGGAGGAGAUGGUUACAAAAUCAGUCAUGUUCUGUAUGGCACACUGUAGUGAAAUGUUUUGCAACAGAAGACCGAUAUCAGUGUUACGCAAGUUUCUGUGGCACAUCCUCCAUUUAAAAACGUUUUCUCUGCUUCGGGCCUACCGCACACGACCCUGUUCAGACAAAUUUUACAUGUUGAUUUCAGUGGCUUUCUGGGAAAUAAAUAUUGAAAAUACAUAGCAACAAAUCCAUUGUUGCUUUCUCACUGACUAAUUAAUAUACACUGAGUGUACAAAACAUUAAGAACACCUUCC